AUUAAAAAUUGCAUUUUGAAAUGUCUUCUUCUUCUCCUCCUCCUCCUCUUCUUCCGCCUCUUCCCUCUUCAUCGUCAUCUUCCAGCCAGGGCAACGACGGCGGUGGAGACGAAUACGAAGGGCCGUCGAGGUCCCGGCCACGUGGCGCCGUGAAUGAAGUGUGGCCGGAGCCCUUCUUGGAAGCACUCGCUACCCACGUGGCCACGGACGCCGCUCUCUUUGCCGGACGCCUCGCCGCCGCCCAGGCCCUCGCCAAUGUCUUUCAGGUGUGCUCCACGUGGCAAGCAAUUUCCCACUCGGACCUCCUCUGGCAGCGACUCACCCACCGGAUAUGGCACCGCCGCCACCUCCUCCACCGCACCUGGCGGCAAGAAUACAUGUACCGCCACCGAACCGCCCGAAACUUCCGGACCCGGCGAUCCGUCCACUUCAACCUCCGGUUCGACGUGGAGGACCCCACCGACCCGAACGCCCUCUCCUGCCGCUGCCUGGCCAUCUCCGACCACCACCUCGCCGCCGGCUUCGCGGACGGAGCCGUCCGGGUCUUCUCGCUCCGGACCCGGCUCCACUCCCGGACCUUCCGCCCGCUGUACCGCGACCGCCUGGGGCCCUUCUCCCGAGCGGUGUCGGGCAUCGUCCUCCUGUCCGGGUCCGCCCGGCUGGUGUUCGCCACGCUGGACGGAGACAUCCACGUGGCGAGCCUGAACUCGAACAACAACGUGGCGCCGCGGAGGGCGCGGGUGGGCGACGUGCUGAACGACGGGGCGCUGGUGGACUUCGGCGGGUGCGGGCAGUGGUGGGUGGGGCUGUACGCGGGCGUCCCCGGGCGGGCAUUCCAGAUAUGGAACGGGCAGAGCGAGGAGCUGACCUUCGUGGGCGGGUCGCUGACCGACGCGCAGGCCGUGGCCGGGUGGCGCACGCUGACCGAGUCGACCGAGGCGGUGGGGCGGGUGAGGGUGAGCCGCGGGGGCGAGUCGGCGGUGGCGUGCACGGGGUCGCGGGUGAUGGUGCUGGACCUGCGGAACCAAGGGGUGAUUUUGGGGGAGGAGGAGUACGGGAGCGGGGUGGUGGUGGGGUGCACGGAGGUGUGGCGGGAGGCGUACCUUAGCGUCGACGGGAGGGGGGUGGCUAGCGUGCGCAGGGUGGGGGAGGAGGAGAUGAUAUUGUGCGGGUUCGGAGUGGGAGGGGCGGCGGUGAUGGGUUGCCUGAACGGAGGGUGCGCCGUGAUUUGCGGCGGCGGCGGGGUGGUGAGGGUGUGGGGCAUUGAGAGGAGGGAAGGGGAGUAUCUCUAUAGGUUCGGGGAGAGGGUUCAAGGGGAGAUCAAGGCCAUGGUGGCCGACGACAGGCACGUCGCGCUGGCUGCCGGAGACGGCGCCGGGAUACAUUUGUGGGAUUUUGGCGCGCCGGAGGAGGAGGAGUAA